CAAUUCACCCCUUUCUCUUUAUUCAAACCCUAAUUCUUCUUAGGGUUGCUGUAUCCUAUUCUCACCUACAGUAAUUUUGUUCUUUUCCUCUUCGUCCACUAGCUGCAUAUGAGGAAUCUCUUUGUCGGGUUUUGAGGUUCCAACAUCAGUUCAUUUUCUUCCCCAUUUCGCCUGCCGUUUUUGGGUUUUCUUUUCCAUGUAAUCGUUCUUCUAUGGCUUCCUUUCAACUUAAAUUUAUUGUUUGAAAUUUAGGAUUCUUUUAGCUACAACUCGGGUUUUAUCCUCAUGCUCGUUUCUAUGUCACUAUCCAUCUUUGAGGUGACAUGUUAGUUCUUUUACCUACAAUCUUCAAGAUUUCUGCACAUGCGUUCGAUUAAGGACCAAUGAAAUCAGAGAAUGAAAGUAUAGAAACUGCUUAGGACGCAAUAGACAAAUAUGAAUUAAAUAAAAUAAACGGGAUAAGUAUAUCAAUGAAAAUAUAGGCUUUGCCGUUAUUUCUAUAUACUGAGCGUAUAACGUCAUAAUAUAAUAUUAGACGCAGGCUGAAUUCUAUUCGAUCCAAUGAUUUUCUUAACAAGAAGGAUCCUCGCUGUCCUGUUGCAAAGGUACAACAUGAGAUGCAUUGUUACAACCGCAAAAAAUUAAGCCAUCCAAUGCAACCAAAUAGAAUUGGUUCCAGUUAUCCUGAUUCCUGAGCGCCAAUGUUAAGGCAAAUUCCGUACGCCGCAGUAUAUUCAGCGAGGGGAACGAACCAGGACGCCCUUAAAAACGACGUCGUUUCUGCAUCCAGGUAUAAUUACCGGUUCCAGUGUACAACUACAACUAACACAAAAAUCCUCAAUUCAAAAAAUAAAAGAAAUAAAUAGCUCAAAGCUAAGGAAACCCGCCUAAAAUCUGAAUGCCUAGCUGACACUCAAAAAUCGAUAACUGGAAGAGUCAAAACCCUAAUCCAAGACACUGAAGAAUGUUUUCAAUCUCAGCCAUUAACGAUACAGACUCUAGACAACAAUGGGAACCCUUAGCUCCUACAAAGGAAGCUCAGGAAUUUCACCUUACUCAAUCUUAUCACGAAGGACUUUUAAAAUUGCAAGCCAAAGAAUAUGAUAAAGCACGCCAAUUAUUAGAAUCUGUGUUAAAAGAUCCUCUUAUUUCAAAUUCUCAGGUGGAUAAUAAUGCAAGCGAUGAUCAUCUACAGCAGCUAAGAUUUCUGGCCCUGAAGAAUCUUGCUGCUGUUUUUCUCGAACAAGGUUCAACUCACUAUGAGAAUGCCCUUAAUUGUUAUCUUCAAGCUGUAGAGAUAGAUAGCAAAGAUUCGGUUGUCUGGAAUCAGCUAGGAACAUUAUCAUGCUCAAUGGGUUUGCUUAGUAUUUCGCGCUGGGCAUUUGAGCAAGGGCUUUUAUGCAGCCCUAACAAUUGGAAUUGCAUGGAGAAACUAUUGGAAGUUCUUAUUGCCAUUCGUGAUGAGGUUGCCUGCCUCUCCGUGGCAGAGUUGAUUUUGAGGCAUUGGCCUUCACAUUCUCGUGCUUCAUAUGUCAAAAAUAUUAUUGAAGAGUCUGAGCUAGUUCCAUUUGCUCCUAGAGGAAUCGAUAAACUGGAACCUAAACAUGUGAGGCUCAAAUUUCUUGAUAAGAGAAAAGCAACUGAUGUAAAUAUUGAUGAGGGUGUUUCCUGUAAAAAGUUGAAUCAGAAGAUAGAAUUGUUCCUGCCCGAAGCUUCAUGGCUUGCUCUGGUUGAUUCCCUUCUCGAAAUUUUACUUCCAUUGAAUAGCUGUGGUUCUGAGAAGAGGGCUAAAAAGGAUUUUACAUUGGGGGAUGUCAGGUUAACUAUGCAUUUCCCUUCUCAUAAGAAUAUUGUUAUGGGAUCUACUGAAGAUAAAGGGCCAAAUCCCUUAUCCAGUGAAAGUCUGUUAGUUGGUGAUUGUAAUGCUGAAAGAGCCAGUUUCACUAAAGAAAGAGAAGCAAAUACAUCUGAAGAACAGCCUCAUGAGAGGCGGAGCACUCGCCUUAGGAGUCGUAAACCAGGAAAAGAGGAAUUGGAUUUUGCUGCCAGUAAAGAUCUUGCCAAAAUUGUGCUUCAAUUGCUAGAACCUUUUGUUGUUAGUGGACUUACAAGUAAAGAUUCAGGUCAAGCAGCUGGUCAUUCUGUAUCCUGUCCUGGUCAGGUUAACUCUUUGGAUUCUGAACAUGAUGAUGUUUCUGCGUUUUUAGGAGAAACUUCAAAAAACUAUGGCGCUUACCAUAUGGGUCACUUGCUGUUGGAACAUGCUGCAACUGGGGGCUUGGGCUAUCAAGAUACAUUUAUCAAAUUUUUAGAGUUGGAGAAACUGACAAGACAUUGGGGUCAGGAUAGGACACCUGAAUGUUGUCUUUUUCUUGCUGAGCUGUAUUAUGAAUUGGGAUCAUUGCCUUCAAAUGCUUCAAAGCUGCCAGAAUUCAUGUCAGAGGCUUCAUAUCAUCUUUGCAAAAUAAUUGAAUCAGUUGCUUUGGACUAUCCUUUUUCCUCGAAUCAGUUCUCUGGGAGUGCAAGCUGCUCUUCAUUGAAGAGCUUUCAAGAUGAUAAUGAGAUAUUUUCCAAAGAUUCUAGUUGCCAGGAUUCAUUUUUUAAUAGUCCCUUGGUGAUCAAUAAAAUUCCGUUUUGGGUUCGAUACUUCUGGUUGAGUGGAAAACUAUCUAUCUUUGACUGCAACAAGGCAAAAGCUCAUGAAGAAUUCUGCAUUUCCUUAUCGCUUUUGGUAAAAAAGGAAGACAUGGGUGAUUCUCCAUGUUCAGUUCACCUGCCACACCUGACGACCAAUAAAGAUUUGACUGUGAACAGGGUUCUUCAUGAAAUUAAUUUAUUAAAGGUUGCUUUCUUACUUGAGAAGACUGUAGACGAGAUGAUUGAGAAAGAAAUGUAUAUGGAAUGCAUAAACUUGCUUUCUCCACUUCUAUUCUCUACAGAGCUUGCUCACGUUGAUGUACUGCCAGCACCUGCUUCUGAUGAGAAAGGUAAAGAACAUGCUUGCAUUGAGUUAUCAGCAAUAAAUAUAUUAAUCAAAGCAUGUGAGCAGGCAAAGCCAAUGAACAUUGAGGUAUAUUUGAAUUGUCACCGGCGAAAGCUGCAACUACUUAUGCUAGCAGCUGGCAUGGAUGAAUAUGAAACUCUACGACAGAAGUAUGGAUUAAAAGCACUUUCUGCCUCUGAUAUUGUAUCACAAGAAAACUCCGACAAGCGUUGGGAUGACUUGGUGGCAGAGGAGGUCAAAGCAAUUUCACAAAGUGUGUCACAAUUGAAGAUGGAUCCAUCUCUUAAUACUAAUGUAGUCAUUCCAAUUAGCAGCAUCAGCUUUAUUCAAACUUUCCUGCUGGCAUUCAUGUGCCAUGUUGCAAUAAAUUGCUUCUCUAAGCAAUCUUCUGUGCCAAUGAUUGCUGAUGAGACCGAGCAAAAGCAAGGAUUCAUCUUUGUUGAUGCAGGCAUCGCGUUCUGCAAACUUCAACACCUCAUCCCUACUGUCAAUGUUAAAACCCAAGUUGAAUUGAUUGUGGCAAUCCAUGACUUGCUUGCUGAGUAUGGCUUGUGCUGUAUGGGCGAGGGCGGCAAAGGGGAGGAAGGAACAUUUCUUAAAUUUGCAAUAAAGCAUCUGUUAGCACUGGACAUGAAACUCAAAUCCACUUUAACCUCUUCAAACAGAGAAACAGUUCAGCAUGAUAAGCAGCAUUCACCUUGUAGUCAAAACAAAACAUGCGAAAAGGAAUCAGAAUCAGAUACAGUGCUUGUGGAGAUGGGUGGAACUGAAACUGAUGACACAAGUAAUAUAGAGAGUGAUGAUUUGGAAGGGACUACUUCCAGAGGCAUGUCUUCUCUUGAAGGCCAAGAGAAAGACAGUGCUAAUGUGGGAGGUGAAAAGCAAGGUAGUAAUGAGGGUAAGAUGGAGGGAGAAAAUAUGAAUGAACAAUUUUCUGAACCUAGAAAUGAAAAUGAACUUACUGAAGAUGAACGAGAGGAACUUGAGUUAAUAAUUGACAAUGCUUUGGACCAGUGCUUUUUCUGCUUGUAUGGGCUCAAUCUUAGAUCUGAUCCAUCUUAUGAGGAUGAUCUAGCCAUGCACAAAAAUACUAGUCGUGGAGAUUAUCACACUAAGGAACAAUGUGCUGAUGUUUUUCAAUAUGUACUGCCAUAUGCAAAGGCUUCUUCUAAAACUGGAUUGGUAAAACUUCGUAGGGUGCUGAGAGCCAUACGCAAACACUUUCCACAACCACCAGAAGACGUUCUGGGUGGAAAUGCAAUUGAUAAGUUCUUAGAUGAUCCUGAUUUAUGUGAAGACAGACUCUCAGAGGAAGCAGGAUCUGAAGGCUUUCUAGAGACCUUAACAAAAAUAAUAUUUGCUGAUGUGGGAAGUGUCAAACAGCACAAGUCAAUGAUUGUUGCGAGCUCCGAGCCAUAUUCGGAUGUAUAUUGCAACUUGUAUUAUUUUCUAGCUCUGUCUGAGGAAAUGAGUGCAACUGAUAAGUGGCCAGGCUUUGUACUUACCAAGGAAGGGGAAGAAUUUGUACAGCAAAAUGCAAAUCUCUUCAAAUAUGAUCUUCUGUAUAACCCUCUACGGUUUGAAAGUUGGCAACGGCUUGCAAAUAUUUAUGAUGAGGAAGUAGACUUGUUGUUAAAUGAUGGAAGUAAGCACAUAAAUGUAGCAGGAUGGAGAAAGAAUGCUACCCUGCCGCAGAGAGUUGAGACAAGUCGAAGAAGGAGCAGACGCUGUCUGCUAAUGAGUCUGGCUUUGGCAAAGACAUCAGAUCAACAAUGCGAGAUACACGAGUUACUGGCGUUGGUAUACUAUGAUGGCCUUCAGAAUGUGGUACCAUUUUAUGAUCAGCGAUCUGUUGUCCCUGCAAAGGAUGCAGCAUGGAUGGCAUUUUGUGAGAACUCGCUAAAGCAUUUUAAAAAAGCCUCCUUGCACAAACAGGACUGGUCACAUGCAUUCUAUAUGGGGAAACUCUGUGAGAAGCUUGGUUACUCAUAUGAUACGUCAUUAUCACAUUAUGAUAACGCCAUUGCUUUGAAUCCAUCAGCUGUGGAUCCUGUCUAUAGGAUGCAUGCUUCACGAUUAAAGUUACUUUGCAUGUGUGGAAAAGAGAAUCUGGAGGCUUUAAAGGUCUUAUCAGGAUUUUCCUUUAGUCAAUCAAUAAAGGAUGCUACCUUGAACAUCCUUGGUAAACUGGCACGAGAAAUGCCACAUUUAGUAGAUCAUAUGAAGGACAGUAGCACUGAAGAAUAUUCUAUGGAGAAAAAGCAUGAGGAAUCAAUUCACAUGGAAGAUGUGUGGAACAUGCUUUACAAUGAUUGUCUUUCUGCUCUGGAAAUCUGUGUUGAAGGGGAUCUCAAACAUUUUCACAAGGCUAGGUAUAUGCUUGCUCAAGGGCUGUAUAGGAGGCAUUUGCAUGGUGAUUUGGAGAGGGCAAAGGAUGAACUUUCUUUUUGCUUUAAGUCGUCUCGUUCAUCCUUCACUAUAAAUAUGUGGGAAAUUGAUAGCAUGGUCAAAAAAGGGAGGCGGAAGACAUCAAGUAUUGCAGGGAACAAAAAAGUUCUUGAAGUUAACUUACCAGAAAGUUCUCGAAAAUUUAUUACUUGCAUUCGGAAGUAUUUAUUGUUCUAUUUAAAGUUACUGGAGGAGACUGGAGACAUUUGCACCCUUGAUCGUGCUUUUAUAUCUCUUCGGGCAGAUAAGAGGUUUUCAUUGUGCAUUGAAGAUAUUGUACCGGUAGCUCUGGGGAGGUUAAUCAAGGCCCUUGUGUCAUCCAUGCACCAAGCUGGCUCUAGUGCCCCCAGCAGCUCUGAGCAUCAACUGGAGAAAUUAUUCUCAUUGUUCAUGGAACAAGGGAACUUGUGGCCAGAGAUAUUCCACUUGCCUGAGAUCAGAAGCCCAGAAAUAUCGGAGGGAAGCUUAUUUGGAUACCUGAAUCUGUAUAUUUCAUCGUUGGAGAGAAACGGCAAGCUUGAGACACUAGAAGCAAUAAAUGAGAAAAUUCGGAAGCGUUUUAAGAAUCCUAAGCUGUCAAAUAGUAACUGCGGAAAGGUUUGCAGGCAUGCUUCUGUUGCUUGGUGUCGGUCUCUUAUAAUUAGUUUAGCAUUGAUCACACCAUUGCGACCUGGAAUCUCAAGUGAGAUCCAGGCCCUUAACCAAUCAGACAGUGUUUUGGAAAAUGGUCCCUUGCUUUGUGUUGAUCUCCAAACUAAUGAUUUCUGGAGUUUAUCAUUUGAGGACACUACCCAAUUGGAAAAUCUUGAAACAAAAUGGAACCCAGUGCUGACUAAAAUUAAGAACAUAUUUAUAGAGAAAGUUUCAGAUGAAAAUAUUGAGACUGCCAACUCUUUGCUUAAAAGCUCUUAUAAUUUCUUCCGGGAGAGUUCCUGUGUAAUCCUUCCAUCUGGUCUCAACCUUUAUAUGGUGCCACCUCGGGUAUCAAUGGGAACACAACUUCAGCCUGGCUUAAAUGGGAUUGAAAUUCUAGAUCUGAGCAUUCCAAGGAAACUCCUCUUAUGGGCGUACACUUUAUUGCAUGGCCGUUAUGCAAAUAUUGCCGUUGUUCUCAAACAUUGUGAAGAAAAUAUUAAGCCAAAGUUGAAAAAGGGAGCUGGAGCCUCAUACACGCCAUCAAAUACAAGCUUACCCACUGCAAUUGCAUUACAUACAGGUGCUGUGCAAGAUGGCGCGGGUCAUGGUGGAGGCAGUGAACAAGAGACUGUUCUGGUGACUGCUUCAGUGUCCACAGUGGCACCUGUCCUGUCUUCUGAGGGUGAGAAUACACAGUGCUUGAAUCCAUCACCACCUUCCCGUGAGAAUCAAAAGAUCUUAUUUUCUGCUUCCCAGCUUAAUCCUGUUAAUAACACAACCCUUGCUGAAGGGAGUUCUAUAGUUGAUGAAGGAGGAGAUCCAGAAAGGGGCUGACUUAGUUUCUGACAAAAUACUGAACAAAUUUGUUGUAGAAAAUUCUCUCAAGUGUUGUUUUCUGGCAACUUUGAGUUGUUUGGUUAUUAGGAAUAAGAAAGUAGGAUUGGGAAUUAAAUCUUCAUUCCUGAAAAGUUAAUGUAAAUAGAGAGGCAAACGUACAAAGUUGUAAAGUUCUCUUUAGACAUUUUGGUUAACGUUGGAAAAGAAAAUUCUGAACCACGAGCAUUUUCAGUUA